AUGUUCUAAACCCGCACUCAUCUACCAUCUUAUGCCACUUCCUAGUCUGCUUAUAGGACCUAAUGUAAUUAUAAUUAUAAUUAAAUCAGUUCAUAGUAAAGCUGGAAGUGAAACUAGAAAAGCCAUCGAUCAUUACUCAUAUGCCAUUAAUGAGGAAAUAGGAAGAGGAUUUAGUAGUAGAGUAUAUAAAGGUAGAGAUGAGAAUACAACUGAAAAUGUAGCUGUUAAAGUAACUUAAUAAUUUAAUGUUCAGGUGAUUGAUAUGAAGAUGGUCAAGUAAUCUAUUCAUUCUCAACUCUUGAAAAAUGAGAUCAAUGCACUCAAAGCAUUUAAUCACAAAAAUAUUAUGAAACUCUAUGAUGUAUUUUAAACCUAAAAUAAUACAUAUAUCAUCACAGAAUUUUGUGAUUCGGUAAUUCCUCAUUUAUUAUUCAGGGUGAUCUCAACAAUUACAUUAGGAAGAAAGGUAGAAUAGAGGAAUCUGAAGCUAUAAGAAUAUUACAAGCUGUUGUUAGUGCAUUAAAUGAAAUGAAUAAGAAAGGCUACAUUCAUAGAGAUAUUAAACCAGCAAACAUUUUACUCAAUGACAAUCAACCUAAAUUAGCUGAUUUUGGAUUUGCUGUUCCUGCUUAUGAAGCUAGAAUAUAAGGAAGAAACUUUAAUGUUGGAACUCCUUUAUAUAUGUCUCCUUAAGCUUUGAGAUAGUAAGGACAUACUGAAAAAGGAGAUGUUUGGGCUAUUGGUAUUGUAUUUUUUGAAAUGCUUUAUGGUAAUACUUAGUCUUAUUGGAAUAGGUAGAACACCUUAUAAUGCAUCCUCGGAAGCUGCUCUUAUUUCUAACAUUUAACAUUAAUAAUUAGUUUUACCUUCUUCACCUAUGGUGUCUGAUGAGUCUAAAGAUUUCAUUCGCAAAUGUUUAUAAAUAGAUGAAUUUAAAAGAUGGAGAGUUAAGGAUAUGACAGAACAUACUAUAAUGCAAUCUAGAAAUUUAAGUCCUUAAGAAAAAAGGAAACCUUUAAAACAAAUUCAAAAUAUCACAUUACCAACUGAAAACUCUUAAGUAAAGAAAAUCAAAAGAAGUUAAAGUUAAAACAUGAAAGAUAAUACUGUCAGAGAUUUUAAACCUUAAUAAAUAGAAGACAAGCGUAAAUUACAUGAAGAAAAUUAGAAAAAACUUGAAGAAUAAAUAUAACGAUCUGCAAGUUAAAAAUAAUUAUUAUUACCUCAAAAAAUAGUUAAAACCAAUGCUUUUGAAGAAUAAAUUUAACCUACUCCUCCUUUAUAAAAAUAAAAAUCUAUUACUCUAGAAUUCAAAUAAAAUAAUGAAAUUUUAUUCUGUUAAAUCAAUUUCUGUCGUUUCCUUUAUAAAUUUUCAUAACAUUUGGCAAGUUCAAAAGUAUUUCCAACUGAAAUAAGAGAUAGAUUACUAUUUUUAAUGGGCAAAAAUAUUGCUAUUAAAAUAAAUAAGUUAUCUACUAUCCUAGAUAAAGAAAAUAAAUCAGAAAAUCUAUUUUAUUUAGUUGAUUUUGAAAAUUAUAGAAAGAGUGAAUCUUAUAAAAGAUUCUGUUAAGCAAUAUAAGAAUAUCAAGAUAAAUACUUAAGGCAUUUUGAAAAAAUUCUAAAAUUAGCUAAUAAAAAUAGUAAAAAUUUUAUUCAUUUAAAAAUAGAUUUCUAAAAAGAUUAAAUUAUUGGUGUUUUGUGUAAUAACCAUUUAGUUGAAUAAGAUUCCUUUUACAAAACUGCUUUAUAGUAUUUGAAAUUAAGUAUUACAGAAAUAAAAUAGAAUUUUUAAUUUAUUAAAUUUGAUAAACAUGAUUAAGCUUUACCAGAAGAUGUAUAAUUUAGAUUUAUUUUUAGUUAUAAAUGCAUGCAUUUAUUUUGUAAGGACUAAUUGGUUAUUAAGAUUUGAUGCAAAAAGUAUUAGAUUAUCCUACAGACUACAAAUAAUUUUAAAAGGUUUCUCAACCAGAACUCCAUAUUGAAAGAAAACCAGGAUCUGUUAGUUAUAGUUAAUUAGAAUAAUUAAUGUGAUAUCACUAAGUAGAUAUGAAAAUGAUAUAUAUC